AUGGCUAGCCAAUAUGUGAACGAUGGCCUACACGCCCUGCUUCGGAGAGCCGCUGAGGAGUCCGACCCCGAUGAUUCCCCCGAGGCAGGGUCCAAGGAGAUCACAAGCUCCUGGGCAUUGUUUAUCAUGAUCAUGUUGUUGAUGUUCGCCCUCUUCACGAGCUACAUCCUUCAACAACGGAAGAUCCAAGCUGUCCAUGAGACGGUUCUAUCAAUUUUUGCAGGGAUGUUCGUUGGACUACUCAUCCGUUUCACAGACUCCACCCUCCAAGAUAGCGUCGCCUUCGACUACCAGUUCUUCUUCAAUCUCCUCCUUCCUCCGAUUAUUCUCGCCUCCGGUUAUGAGCUUCACCAGGCGAACUUCUUCCGACAUAUCGGCACGAUUCUCACCUUCGCGUUCGUCGGUACCUUUAUCUCCGCAAUCGUGCUCGGCCUGGUGCUGUACCUAUGGACACGGAUCCCGAUGAAUGGGCUGGAUAUCUCCUUCGUCGAAGCUAUUUCGGUCGGCGCAACUCUCUCCGCUACGGAUCCAGUCACCAUCCUAGCUAUCUUCAACCUCUAUAAGGUCGAGCCGAAGCUUUAUACUAUCAUUUUUGGCGAGUCGAUCCUGAACGAUGCCAUUGCCAUUGUGCUCUUCGAGACGGCGCAGAGGUAUCACGAGACCGGUUCGACUGGUUCUUUGACGCUCCUGAAUCUAUUUGAGGCUGUGGGGCUGUUUUUCCUGGUAUUCUUUGGUAGUAUGGUUGUUGGAAUGCUGGUUGGAAUUGCUACUGCGCUGGGUCUCAAAUACACCCUCGUGCGGCGCUUGCCCAAGAUCGAGAGCUGCUUGAUCAUUUUGAUUGCAUACGCCAGCUACUUCUUCUCCAAUGGCGUGCACCUAUCCGGCAUUGUCUCGCUCUUGUUUUGUGGUAUCACCCUCAAGCACUAUGCUUACUAUAACAUGUCGCGUCGCACCCAGUUGACCACCAAAUACCUGUUCCAGGUGAUGGCUCAACUUUCGGAGAACUUCAUCUUUAUUUACCUCGGCCUUGACCUCUUUGUGGAGCCUAACCUCCAGUUCAACCCCCUAUUCAUCAUGGUGGCAGUGUUUGGUAUCUGUCUCGCCCGCUACCUCGCGGUGUUCCCGCUUUCCAAGGCUAUCAAUUGGUACUUCCGGUAUCGAGCACGCCGCCGUGGCGUGGAAGUUGCCGACGAGCUGCCGUUCGCUUAUCAGGCGAUGCUCUUCUGGGCUGGGUUGCGUGGUGCUGUCGGUGUUGCGCUAGCAGCUGGUCUAUCAGGAGUCAACGCCCCCGCACUUCGUGCGACAGUACUUGUUGUCGUUGUGCUCACCGUCAUCAUCUUUGGCGGAACCACAGCACGCAUGUUGGAGAUCCUGGGCAUUCGAACGGGUGUGAUCGAAGAGCUUGACUCGGACGAUGAAUUCGACACUGAGGUGACCCAUGGUGGCACCUACUACAAACGCUCCGGCACGAGUUUGGGAUACAUCCCGCGACGCUCCGACUCGGUGAUCCCCUUGGAUGGAGUUACCGCCUCUCCACCCUCUGGAGUCGGGGAGCGAACACACAGCUACUCCAGCGGCAACAGUCGCCGCCCAAGCCCACCCUAUACCCACACAAGAAUGUACUCUGCCGCGUACAGCAACAAAGAUCAGUCCUGGCGCGACCGUCAAUCCACCGCGACGUUACUCAACAGCGCAGCUGGGCCGAGCGCCGGUGAAGGCAGUGACGACGAGUUCGGCCUGCCUCCCUCGGGUCCCAGUGGCUCCGGCGACCCUACCCACCCAGACGCGUUCGACCUCGAUGUCGAGGGUAUCUCCGACGACGACCUCCCGCCCGCUGCAAGUGGGUCCUCGCGUCUCCGCCGAUCCGCCUCCCAGCCCCCUCACCCUCCGACCGCCCCACCCACCAAUGCAGCGGCCUCGACCAGCGUCUCGCCCACUCACCAAGGUAUGUCUGCACGGGAUGCGGUACGGGGACUGUUUUCGGGCGGUGCUACAGGCGACCAUGCGGCUUGGUUCCGGCAGCUCGAUGAGGAUUAUAUCAAACCCACGCUUUUGUUGGACCAGUCGAAUCAUAAGGGACCUGGGCCUGGUGCGGUUUGA